AUGAAGUUGGUACUUGUGGUGUGCCUGGCGUUGAACGCCUUCCAGUCAGAUGCUGCCUCCCUUCGCAGAAGUGGCCGAAGUAAGUUGACCUUCAUCGAGGAGCAGAUGACCAUGCAGAUGAAGCUCAUGAUGCCUGAGAAAUCAACGUUGAACAACAUUGAGGCAUCAGUUCUUAAUAUGGCUCGUGCCAAGAAGAAGCAAAGCAGUGGUGGAUCCAACCUGACCGCAUUCCUGGAUCAGAUCCAGGCCUUGCUGGAGGACACCAUGAAGAAGAACAUCCUGCAGCGUAAGGAGCAGACCCAGUAUGAUCUCGAUGGUUCCUACGCCAAUCUCAGCACCUGCACCCAUCCCAAUGAUACCACCCUGGUGAACACCAUUGCAGAGCUGGAUGAAGAGCAUGUGAAGUGCCGUGGGGAGCAGGAUGUGAUGUGGUCUGACUACGAUAGCACCUGCAUCGUUGCGCGUCAGAUCUUUGAGAAUGAGAGGAAAGCCCUUUGCGAUGCAUAUGAGCAAGCCCGGGUUUUUCCAGCUCCCGCCACCACAUGCGUCAUGAACGAGGGUACUCCAGUUCCGACCAUCGGUCACUACCUGAUCGAUAUGGAGAAGUACUUCUCUGACGCAUAUGAUGCGCUUUACCUGAAGAAACAAAGAUGUGACAUUGCCAUGGCCACGCCCUUCCCGAACGAGGAGCUCUGUGGGCACAAGAUUUGCCAGUACUAUGAUAAAGAGAUCGAGUGCGACAAGAAACAAGAAGCCUUUGAGUUGCCAGCAUGUGAUGGUCACAAGAAGUACACUUGCGGUCACUACACUGACUGCUAUGCUGAGAAGAAGGAUGUCUACGACAGCGUCGUGACUCUUGCUCAAGAAAAUGAAGUGGCGAACAAGGCCGAGUGGCGAGCUGUGCUCAGGAUUGAGUGUUUCAUCAACGCACUCCGGGAAACGGAAGAUGAGCUCGAAGCUGCCAUUGAUGCCUGCCGGGCCAAGACCUUCAGUACGGCUCCUGUGGAGCUGAAGUACCAUGGUGCCGCUCCAGCCGCACGAAGCUGCACUGAGGUGUAUUUGCAGCCGGGCUCUGCGGUGUUCUCCAGCGCUUGGUACGCUGGACUGUCCACAGCCACUCCUGCUGCCAGCUGCGCAUCCGCGUGCUGCAUGGCUGAGGAGUUCAACCCCGGAUACCCCGCAGGAGCUAAUUGUCCUUACGUCCACGGCGCCGCCGGGGCGAACUUGGUGGAUGCCGCCACCACCACAGAGUCGACCACCACCACCACGGAAUCCACCACGACCACCACGCUGGCCAGUGGUGGCCGCCGCGGAUUCCGGCACGUGCGAGGAGUGGCGCUGGACAUUUCCGUUCUGUAUAAAGCUUCGCAGCCAACUUUUGCGGAAUCCUAUUUUGUUGUGGAAAGUUUGUUUCAGAGACGCCUCUAUCCCUCCUUUGCCCCGGUGGAAUGGCAUUGGAUGGAAGAAACAGACGAGACAAGCCUGGGCAAGCUUCUGGACAGUAUGCUUGCCAGAGUCCGUGAAAAGACAGCAACCGUUCUAUUGACAGUAGAUGAUGCUCUAUGGUUCAACGAUUUUAAUGCUGCAGCUGCAAUGCAGCUGCUGAAGAGCGACAAUCGAAUCUAUUCCGUCCAUGCGAAGCUGUGUCCACGCAUUGAGUAUGCGCAUCCCAACGACAAGUUCAUGAGAGUUCCACCUUUCAGCCAUUUCAGCCUUCAUCAGUCCACUGAUUCCAAGGAGGAAGGUGAGAAAAUCAGCCCUGACUUGCUGGUUUUUGAGCGGGAGAAAGGAGAGUACGAUUGGAACUAUCCAUGGGAGUUGAGUGCAUCGUUGUAUCGCUUGGAGUCAGUAGAGGAGGUCAUCCAGGCGAUCAGAUCCGAGUUUGGUUCUGGUGCCGUGGACCAUCCAAAUCACCUUGAGGGAUAUGGUGUCCGGCUGCUGAAGCAGCAGAAGUUGCCGUCUGCCAAAUCCUCCAAGUACUGUGCGUGUGUGACAGAUCCGGUGGUAAAGGUGGUCACCGUCAACCGGGUGCAGAGCUUGUUUGACAAUCCAGUCUAUUCACAGUCAGAUGGUUCUGAGAUUUCCGUGGAUGAGCUGGACCAAGUGCUGCGUUACGCCCUGCUACAGGCUGGCCUGGCAGAUGGUGAUGCGGCCGCAGAUGUCCUGGCGCAGAAGCUGCAGGGCUCUGACGGCUGGUGGAAAUCAUAUUUGAAAGGUGUCGAAACUCUGGAACUUCAACCUUGGACCCGGAACUUUGAUUUGAGUCGCCAGUGGCCGCCAAAUCUUCUCAACCGGGUGGCCAUGAUGUAUUCAACCACAUAUUUGGAUAGCGUUCAUGUGCCUUUGCCAUGCACUAUGGUGAACAUGGUGGCCAUGGUGGCUAUGGAUUGGACCAGCCCUGACUUUCAGCAUCCAAUUGUCUCUUGGCUGAUGCCUGUCAAGGACACCCCGUCGAAAUGGUUGGAUCUGGCGCUUGACAGCAUCGAGCGACAAGAGGGGAUGGUUCCCGGAAGUUGGGAGUUGAUCGCGGUGGAUGAUGGAUCUUCCCAGGUUGAAACCAAAGAAACCUUGGCGGCAUGGUCCAAGAGGCCAUUUAUUCAGGUGAUUGAGGGCCUGGCCACUUCUGGAAUCGCGGCUGCACUGAAUGAGGGCUGGAAGAGAUGUCGUGGGAAAUACGUGGUGCGUUUGGACGGGGACGAUUGUGCCCAUCCGCAGCGUUUGAAGAAACAGAUUGGGUUCUUGGAAAACCAUCCAUCCAUCGCAGUUCUCGGUGGUGGCUUCUGCACCUUCGAGGACGGUGAUCCUCGAAGCCUUCCGGCAUCGUCGUUGAAGAGAUAUCGCAUGCCGUGUCAUCCAAUCCUGACCAGAUGGCGGAUGAUUUUUUCCUGCUCCUUGGCGCAUCCUUCCGUCAUCUUCCGGCGGUCGGUCUUCGACAACGGGAACAGUGGACCAUAUCCGGAAGGAAGGGAAGCAGAAGAUCAUUGGUGUUGGCUAUCCUUAGCCCUGGAGCUACCUAUCGCAAACCUGGCAGACGUGCUAAGUUUCCUGCGUCGCCAUAGAGGCUCCAGGAGUUCUCAGGCCGCUGAAGCCCUGCAGAACUCGUCCUUUCAGGCGGUGCAGAGUUUUCUUCGAAGCUUUCAGCUGGAAUUGAAGGAAGAAGAUGUGAAGGUCUUGUGGGGCAAGGCGAAUGCAGAUUCUGCAGAACAGGUGGAUAGAGUUUCGAAGGCCCUGGAUACACUGGAAGCGGCAUUCUUGAACAUGGUCAGGACGGGCACCACUCCGAAUGGCCAGCACUUUGCGGAGGGCUUUGAUGAAGACUUUCUGAAAUCGAGAAGGGCGGCCUUGGUGGAUUAUGUUACCUCAUCCUGCAGCCGGUUGAGAGGUGGCCGUGCAAUCUUUGGCCUCGGGUGAGGUGGACGUGGGUGCUGCGAUGAUGAAGCACUGGCUGAAGGGCGGCGAUGCUGGUCUGAAGAGCUUGGGCGCCUUAAUCCAAUCCGGCUACUCGACACAGUGACGCGCC